AUGCGGAGCCCUGAAGUCAUGGCCCGAGGCUUUCAAGCACCAGGGCUCGCCUGUCCCUCCUUCCUCCACCAAAACUCACCCCAGGAGGCUCAGGAACUGACCCAGAUCCCCCGAAAUGGGACCAGUCCCCUGCUCUUAGAUGCACAAGUGUUUGUGACCAACGUAGUGAAUGUGGACAUCCUGCGAUACACCGUGUCUUCCAUGCUGCUGCUCCGGCUGUCCUGGCUGGAUGCCCGCCUGGCCUGGAACGCAAGCACAAACCCACGGCGUGUGGUCUCGCUGCCCUGGGACUCGCUUUGGACCCCGGGACUCACGAUCCAGGAGGCGCUCUGGGUGGACUGGCAGAACCCGAGUCCGAGGGUCCGAGUGGACCGUCACGGCUACGUGGAGCUCUACCUGGCCGUCACCAUGGAGACCAACUGUGACCUAGAGCUCCUCCACUUCCCCCGGGACCAGAGCGACUGCAACCUCAGCUUCUUUGCUUUCAGCAACUCAGCGGCAGAGCUGGAGUUCCAGGCCCAUGCAGUAAACCAGAUUGGUAGUGUCAAACGGGAAUAUGUGGUUCGGAACGUGAAGGCCCAAAUCCCCCAAGAGCAGCUGGUGCCUUGCUUCCAGGUGAAGCUUCACCUCCAGAACACAGCGGUCAAGGGCGUCAUGGCCCUGCUGGUCCCCGGGGAGGCGCUGCUGUUGGCAGACGUGUGCGGGGGACUGUUGCCACUUGGGGGGCCCGAGCGCAUUGCCUACAAGGUCACCCUGCUGCUGGGCUACCUGGUCUUCCAUUCGUCCCUGGUGCAGUCUCUGCCCAGCUCCUCCUCUUGCAACCCGCUGUUCGUCUACUACUUCACAGUGCUGCUGCUGCUGCUCUUCUUCAGUACAGCCGAGACUGUGCUGCUCACGGGGCUGCUGGCCCGGAGUGACAAUCCUGGCCCGCCUGACAAGCCGGAGCAGGCACCAAAGGAAGGUGGUGACCGCUGAUAGUUUCCAGGUUCCCCCUAGCCGAGUGAGCAGCCCCGGAGAAGCUGGGUGAAGGCCGUGGACCGCAUCUUCUUCCAGGCCUACGUGGUGGGCGUCCUGGGCAGCCAGCUGAUCUUUGCGGGCACCUGGGUGUGGGCCACUUGCAAGUCCAACCCAGCCCCUGGCCUGGCUGCACCCCACGGUGGGCAGCCCAGGAUGUGA